AUGCCUCCCACCUCCACCAUCACCACCAGCCGCAAGCGCGUCUUCAACUCCGUCUUCUCCGCGUCACCGGCCCCAGGCCCCUGCUCAACAACAGACAACCCACCCUUAAAAUCAAUCGAUCCCCUCGCGACGUCGCGAUCCUUUGACGACAGCCAACUCACAGAGCCGGACGAGCCAGGACCCGACCAAGAGACAUGGGACCGGGCAUGGGACGCCGCUACUGCGUUUCUGGCGGUGCCGGAUCGAGGAUUUGCGGCGUUGGGGGCGUUUGAGGAUAUUGAUGAAGAGGUGUUUUUGAAGCGGUGGAAUCGGUAUGAGAGACCAUCGAGGAAGACUGCGGAUGCGUUGGGGUUUCUGGUUUCGCAGGAGCAGCGGGGGAGUAUAAUUGAUUGGUAUGGGCAGGAGAUACGGAGACAUUUUCUGAAGAACUUUCGGGAUGGGCUUUUUGAUUUGCUGUGCCAUCCUGAGAAGGAAGGCUUGUUACAGAGAAUCGUCCAUUGUCUGGAACUAGCACGUCGGAUAUACUUUACUCGUCUUGCGGAAUACAUCUUGCCCCUGUUGGACGCCUCAGAACAAGAGCGAACGUUUCUCAAGCUACAUCGGGCCUUUCACCACAUGGUAGCAUAUUCGUCUGCCCUCCCGUGGGACCGCGUUUCCGCCUUACUGAACCGAGAAUUUACGAAAGAAGCUUUGACUAUACUGGGAAUCGAUGCGUUGAAGGAAGAAGCGGCCCGUGACGAUGUCAGUAUAGGCGAGGAUAUGGAGGUGGAUCGAGGGUCCUCGGUUUCAUAUCGGCGCUGGCGCGAGGAACCGUCAGUCGACGCUCGGAUGGAAAGGAUGACUGAGAAUGAAGAUGCGGAGGUCAUCGCGGCGCGCGACCGGCUACUGUCACUUCUUAAUGGCUUACAACUCGUGGGACUGGGCGGAGAUAAAGCGCAGAAGGUGUUUGCGGGCGUUAUGAAUUCAAUGAUGAUUGAGUUUGUUCUAGCUGCGUACCCCGGCCAAUGGGAAGGGCCAAGCUUGGUAUCGCAGCAUUUGCGACACUGGGUUGAGAAUGUCUUUGCUCGGCUUGUCGUUCAAGUGCUCGCUAUUAUCAACAUCCCCGAAUCUGGGUCGAAAUCGUCGGAUCAUCUCGAUGUGAACUUGAGCAACGUCGAGAAGUGGUAUGAGACCGGGUUUACCUGUGUGGGAACACUUCGGAUGCGCGAGCUGUUCGAUGUGAUGGUUGAAUGGCCUGCUAGCAGCGGUGCCAUUGAUGAUUUACGGCGUUUCACGACUAAUCCCGCUACGCGGUUAUACUUCACCUUAUCCUUUGCUUCAGUACUGUGCGACCGACUAUUGCACCCCGGUGCCUCAACCGUGGAGAUUCUACAGUUGUACAUUUCUAUCAUCCGAUCAUUGAAUCUUCUAGAUCCCAAGGGCGUAUUGCUCGAUCGAGUUGCCCGUCCAAUCCGGCGAUAUCUCCGCGACCGCGAUGACACCGUCAAGGUGAUCGUCGGUGGUCUCCUUGCAGACCCAGAUGCAGAUGGUCAACCGGCACAGUCGACCGGGGAGACGCUGGCGGAGCUGUCAGCCGAACUAACCAAAGCGCAUCAAAACUCGCUACAGAACGACGGAGGUGAGCUGGAUUGGAAUGACAUGAACUGGAUGCCUGAUCCGGUAGACGCUGCACCUGACUUCCGGAAGUCGAAGACCGCAGAUGUCAUCGGAAGUCUUAUCAGUCUGUUCGAUUCGAAGGAGACGUUUGUCAAGGAGAUGCAGAAUAUGUUGGCGGAGCGACUGCUUCAGAAACGGACGGAUUAUGUGCAAGAGAUGUCGGUUCUGGAACUACUUAAGCUUCGCUUUGGUGAUAAUGCCUUGCAAGCGUGCGAGGUUAUGAUGCGAGACGUCUUUGAUUCUCGACGUGUUGACGGGGUUAUCCGGAAUGACCAGGGACUGGCCCAGCCUAGUCCGGAUGAACCUACAGAGGAAAUGCCUGAUUUACACGCUAAGAUCCUCUCCCACUUCUUCUGGCCAGACAUCCAAGAACAAACGUUCAAGGUUCCAGAAGAAAUCACCACAUUACAACAACGCUAUUCCACAGGCUUCGAAUCACUCAAGCCAUCGCGCAAACUCACCUGGCUCAACAAUAUGGGACAAGUGACCGUCGAGCUGGAUCUUGAUGAUCGCGUGUUCGUGGACGAGGUAACCACGUGGCAAGCGGCAGUGAUCUACGCCUUCCAAUCCACAUCACCGAAUGACAAGCAGCCACCCAUAACCAAAACCCUGGAACAACUAACGCAGGAACUACAAAUGUCAACACCCCUCGUCCGUAGUGCCUGUCUCUUCUGGAUAAGCAAACGCAUCCUCACCGAACCCCAACGCGAAACUUAUCGCGUCCUCGAAACCCUCCCAUCCGGCGAAAACGACCCCGGCACCGCCGCAGAACCCAACACCAUCACCGACACCAACGACGACACCUCAGCAGCAGCCGCAGCCGACGCCGCAGCCGCCGCAGCCGCCAAGGAAUCCACCGAAGCAGCGGCAAUGGAGAAGAUGAACCUGUACUGGCAGUUUAUCGUGGGCAUGCUCACGAACCAGGGGGCGAUGCCGUUGCAGCAGAUAAUCAUGAUGCUGAAGAUGGUGGUGCCGGGUGGGUUUCCGUUUAGUAAUGAGGAAUUGAGGGAGUUUUUGGCGGGGAUGGUUUCGAAGGGGAAGUUGGAGGUUAAUGGGGGGAAGUACAAGAUUAUGCAGUAG